CUAACCCAGAGCGCCAUUAUUUACGCUUCAUUUAGUGCUGUACGCAGCGGCCAAUGAAAGGCGGGCAACUUUAAAUGCCGUUGGAGCAGCUGAUUCCCUAACGUGGGAUUUUAAAUUUGUCGGCGGCGUUUGUGGAGGAGAGCGUCGUUUCGGCGUCUCUGCAUUCAAAUUUUAUUUUAUUUGUCGCCUGUCUAUUUCUAUGACAACGUAACCCUCAGUGAAGCUCACUGUAGACAUUUUGAAAAGAGCAGUGAAUUGUAUUUGUUGGAAGGGUGCCUUGGUGAAACAGUAAAACUUCAAGAGACUUGGUCUAGCUCCAAAAUUUCAAUUGCUAACUGACUGAAUUUCCAGCGUUACAAUAUUUUCCAGCGUGUGCAGUUUAAGCACUUUCACUAGACUGCGGUGUGCUCUACCGCUGCUAUCCAGCUGAUGGAGAAGGUGCGGCUCAUCCAGCAGGAGAACAUGUCUGCACGACCGGCCAAGAUGGACACCAAGCUGACGACGCCGUCGGCGGCACGUGUGCCGCUCUCACAGUCGAGCGCGAACGUCCCCACGGGCUCGGGGCAGACGGCCGCCUCCACAGCCAGCAAACCCGUCAAGAAGUGGACGCUGGACGACUUCGAGAUCGGCCGGCCGCUGGGCAAGGGCAAGUUUGGCAAUGUGUACCUGGCGCGUGAGAAGAACUCGCGCUACAUCGUGGCGCUGAAGGUGCUGUUCAAGACGCAGCUGCAGAAGAGCCACGUGGAGCACCAGCUGCGCAGGGAGAUCGAGAUUCAGUCGCACCUUAGGCAUCCGAACAUUUUGAAGAUGUUCGGCUACUUUUACGACGACAAGCGCAUCUACCUGAUCCUGGAGUUUGCGCCAAAGGGCGAGCUGUACAAGGAGCUGCAGUCUCAGCCCAACAAACGCUUCGACGAGGAAAGGUCGGCCCAGUACAUCGCGCAGAUGGCCGACGCGCUCAAAUACUGCCACUCUAGGAAGGUGAUCCACCGGGACAUCAAGCCGGAAAACCUGCUGCUCGGUCUGAAGGGCGAGCUGAAAAUCGCCGACUUUGGCUGGUCGGUGCACGCGCCCUCGUCCAGACGCGGCACCCUGUGCGGCACGCUCGACUACCUGCCGCCCGAGAUGAUCGAGGGCCACGAGCACGACGAAAAGGUGGACAUCUGGUCGCUGGGCAUCCUCUGCUACGAAUUCCUCGUCAGUCGACCUCCGUUCGAGGCCGAGACUAACCAGGAGACGUACCAACGAAUCUCCCGCGUCGACCUGGCGUUCCCCAGCCACGUCAGCGAGCCCGCCAAGGACCUCGUGCGCAGGCUGCUGCGGAAGGACCCCGCCAAGCGGCUGAGUCUGGACGAGGUCAGCAACCACCCGUGGAUCGUGAAGCACGUGAAGAAGCACCCGGCGGCGGCCGGCGGAGCGGCCAAGCCGUCCGGCUCGAGCUGAGUAGCGGGCCGCGGCCCGACCGUCCGUCCCGCCGCCGCCCGGCCCCGUGCGCCGCGCGGCGCGUCCUGUGCCUGACCACUGACUGCGUGAAGUCAGGAGUCUGAGUGUGACUGCCCUGAGCCAAUAGCCCAGACCGGCGUCUGAGACGCGUAAAUCGUGUACAUAGUGAUCGUGUUCGACGGCCGGGGAGGAGCCCGGCGCCGCUCAGCUGCUGUUGUACGUCUGCCAUGCGUUUAGCUGUCGGUUUUAGAUGGAGUCCUAGCCUGGAUGUCUUACUGCCACUGUCGCCUUUGUACAUAGUCACUUCAUCUGCGCCGUGAUUUUAUCCUCAGCGUGAUUUUACGCGCUAGCUCGCCGGCCAAGAUUUUAGUAGUGCGGUCAUGUUUUAGAACUGUUGUAAUAAAAAAUCGGAACAGUA